UUAAUUUGUAAAUAAUUAAAAUGGAUAACAAUUUAGACGUUGACGAGCACUGGGAGUUUGAGGCCAUAAACUUGACACUCGAUACGGCAGGACUGGGCAUCAGUGUUAAGGGUGGUCUCGAUUCGCCCGACGUUUACGAUAAUCCCAGUAUAUAUGUAUCGAAAAUAUUUUCCGACGGCAAGGCCUACAAUGAUAGUCGGCUACAGAUCGGUGAUGUCAUACUCAGUGUAAACGGCUUUCCRCUCGUAGAUGUCAUGCACUUUGAAGCGGUCAAUGCUAUCAUAUGUGCCGGAACUGACAUUACGUUUUAUGUGCGGCGAAAAAAGUGUCGCAUCUAUGACCGCAUACCGACACCGCCCCUACAGUCCGAAACACCGAUAGCACCAGUUGUGGACAGUCUGAUUCAGGUAAAGCUCAACAAAGGUGACAAAGGAUUUGGUUUGUGUAUUAGUGGCGGACGUAAUAAUCAGCACAUCAAAGGCGAUAACGGGAUUUUCGUGACCCGAGUGGUCGACAACGGUGUGGCCGAAAGAGAUGGCCGUAUUUGUGUUGGCGACCAAUUGAUUGCCAUCAAUGAGUGCAACUUAGAGGAUGUCACGUAUGAGGAAGCGGUCAAUACUAUGCGCAACAGUUCUCGUGUGUCAAUCAUAACUGUCCUCAAGAAAUAGUGACAAAUAAUUUGCAUUUAAAUUAAUAUACUGUUAAUCGGUUUGUGUCGGCUAUUAGCGAGCGGUUAAACCACACAAAAAAUCACAAACCGAUACCCAUAAAAACCACUUAAGAUGCCUAAMUCUAGUKUGUUUGUUUGACCUAUUAUUUAGUAUUCAAUCGGAUAGAUAGACAUUAUAUUAUUAUCACUUAAAAAUUGUAUUGUAGUUAACAUUAACAUAUC